AGUCGACGGGAGUCGACCAGACACACCAGUGUCAAACCACAUUCAGCGUGCGAGUGCGAGACUUGAACACAGCUUUUCCGUGCAAUCGGCUCGUUUCAGAGAUCUCUCGGAAAUCCGCGCAGAAUGUUUAUCAUCGAGGGAAACUGGUGCAAGCUCUAUUACGAUUUCCUUUCACCUUUCACCGCCGCCUAAUAGACACCAAACUCAAGGACAUGAGAAAACUGCUAUACGUCGUGACAGAGUAUUGGGAACUCCAAGCACACAAACAUAUUUUUCCAUCUAACAAGCAUAAAACCUUACUUGAUUUGCUAAACAUUUGAAAUAAUUUUCUAUCUACAAUAAACACUCUCAAAGAAAAAGAUUAGCAUAUUGCUACCACUAUUCUUAAUGUCGGAACCAGUGCAUAAUAUUUGAAACACUAGUGUGUUCACUAGUUAUUAGUAUACUAUUAGUGUAUUUUUACAUGUGAUUUAAUAUUGAGAAACCGAAAUGAUUUCAGCUUUCAAUUAUCCUUAUGACAAUUCGCUUCACGCUUAUAAAUUCUCAACUUGUUCAGACCGUCAACAUUUUCGAAAAAUUAACAUCCUUGUUUUGGAUGUUUAAUAAUUCAACGAGCAGUGAAAUAUGAUAGCUGGAUCUGACUCACUUUCAAAUGUGGCCGCAGAAGCAACAGCAUUCCUUGGAGCUGUCGCAGCCUUCAUAGUCUUAUUGCUAGUUUUCUUCCUAUAUUUGAACAAAAAAUGGUGCUUCUAUGGUGUUUCUUCACUCAACUGUUGUGAUGAGCCUUUUGCCACGUCCAGAUCAAAAGAUUUGGAUAGAGCCUACUGCUAUGAGGAGCAAGAGACGAGCUCGGAUAGCGAAGAGGACGUGCUUAGAAGAUUGCAGCGCUCGGCCAGCCAGCAAUCACAGCAGAGCGCAGGCGCACCUCAGUUAUUGGCUCAUGCCAAUGCAAGAGUUGGAGUCCAGUUCUUUGACGGCCAUCACCAGCAUGUAGAGGCUGGGCCUUCAUUUUCGCACAAAAACUUCUCACCUCUUUUACAAACUGAUGUGAUCAGCGCAGGUGGUAGGCCAUUGAAAGAAGGCGCUGACCUGAUGUCGUUGGCGGAGAAGGGGAAGGUAGGGGUAGGAGUAGGUGUUGGGGUUGGGGUGGGGAUGAGCAGCAGUGCCAGCAGCAGUUGCAGCACAACCAGCGCCGAAGACGAAGCAGCGGCCGGACGCGGCAGUCAAAUCCGUCACCGCGAAAUAACAGCGGUAGGAGUGCCACCAGUGGCGGCAGUGGCCGAUGUGGGUGGCAGUGGCGGGGUGCGUCGCCCCUUUGUAGCCUCCGCUUACUCACCGCAGCCGCAGCCGCAGUCCAGCAUCGAGGACGACAAUGAUGAGGAGGCAACGCCUCUUGUGCCACCCUCCACCACCAACAACGAUUGCAUAGUGGUGGUGGGCCAGGAGCCGAUGUUCGACGUGGCCGAUCUGGGCGUGGGGCCGGAGUCUGCGGCCCGCUGCGGUGCCAUCGAGGUGGCCUUUGCCUAUGACGCACCCAUGCGCAAGAUGACCUUGCACCUGCUGCAGGCGCGCCACAUUCCCACCAAGGACCGCGGCGGCUCCACGCACACCCAAGUGAGAUUACUACUUUUACCAAGUAAGAAGCAGAAGCACAAGAGUAAAAUAAGACAUGGUGAAAAUCCACAGUUCAUGGAAAGCUUCUUAUUUCAUCGAGUAAAUCCUGAGGACGUGAAUAGUAUGGGAGUGAGAAUAAGAUUAUAUGGCUGUGAAAGAAUGAGAAGAGAAAGGAUGAUUGGAGAAACAGCAAUUGGCUUUUCAAGUGUGAAUUUGGAAUUGGAAACCAACAUUUGGCUGUGCCUGGAACCAAGAGCCAAUAUUACAUUGAACAGCUCGUCUUGUGAUCUAUUGAGCUUGGCAAGGAGUGACUCGACAGGAUCAACAGCCUCAAUGCAGCACGGCGGUGUUCCAGAGCUAUUGAUUGGCCUGGCAUAUAAUGGCACAACAGGGAGACUCGCGGUUGAAAUCGUCAAAGGAAGUCACUUUAGGAAUCUGGCAAUGACAAGAGCGCCGGAUACCUACGUUAAAUUGAGUUUGGUGAGCAGCAGUGGCCAAGAAAUGGCCAGAAGUAAAACUUCAGUGAGACGAGGACAACCGAAUCCAUUGUUCAAAGAGACUUUCAUGUUUCAGGUGGCGUUGUUCCAAUUACCAGAAGUGACGCUGAUGAUAUCAGUGUACAACAGACGACCGAUGAAAAGAAAAGAAAUGAUCGGAUGGUUUUCUCUGGGUCUGAACGGCUCUGGCGAGGAGGAGUUCUCGCACUGGGAGGAUAUGCGGCAAGUGAGAGGCGAACAGCUUUGUCGUUGGCAUGUACUCGUCGAUUCCUAAACUCCCAAGUCACUUUCAACUAAAUUGGGAAUUGUUACAACCUACAACAAACCCUUUCCAAUGGAACAGGCAUGUUGCUGAUUGGAAGGAGUUUUAUAGAGAACUGAUUGGUUGGAGGGAAAGAUUGUCAUAUAGUGGGCACUGGGCACUGCACGAGCAAAUCCAAUCGAAUGCAUUGCAAGAUGUCACUACAGCAAUUGUCUGAUUCCAGCUCCAGUAAUUUCCAGGAAUUACUUUCUAAGAAGUGUAUUUAAGAAGCAAAGAAGAACAGGGAAUAUGAGUCUUAAACAUAUCAAAAGAUGUGUUCAACCAUUUUCCUUGUUGAAGAAUGCGUAAGAAUCAAAUGAAACUUACUUGUCAAUUUUCAAGCACAAUUAAAAUAAGUUAUUAUGCUAGAGUAUUAAAUCUAUAUGUAAGUUAUUCGUGCUUUAAUGUCGAUUAGUAUUUCUGAAUGUGAUGGUAAAUUGGAUGUAAAUUGUGAAAUUCUUCAAGUCUUAUAAAAAUAAUGGUUGACAGAAUAUGUAGUCAAACAAUAAUAUUAUAAAAGCACAAAUCUAUUACGUAUAAUUCAUCAACUUUUGUUGAUAACAAAUGAGAGUGGUUGGAUUGAUGAUUUCCCAUUACCUAAUAAACGUUCUACACAUUGAGUUUCACAACAUUAAUAAAAUGAAUUUUUUAGAUAGCCUAAGAAUUGAUACCGUGGAAUUUCUCCAUAAUAAAAAAUUAGUUUUAUUUCCGUCACAUCCACAUUUUUUAGACUGUGAACAAAUCUAAUGAAUGUGGAUAUGACGAAAAUAGAAACUAUUUUUUUUAACAUUAAUAUGAUCCAUGAGCUAAUGAAGAACCAAGUUAAAUACGAUAUGCUUCUUGUACCACUUCUUGUAAUUUUAUAGAACUUCAGUAGCAUUCAGACAUGGUAGAAUAAUACUGUAUCAAUUUUUUCUCAAGUAGAUAAAUAGCAUUUUAACUGGCAUAAAAUCGUUGUAAUCCAUUCAUUUGCAAUUGACACUAUUGAUCUUUAUCAUAAUUGCUGUAUGUAGGCUACAUCAUUAUUAUGAACAGCAUACAAAAAUUAUUUUCCUUAAAUUUUUGGAAUAAAGUUCAACUGGAUUAUAUAGGUAGAUGGGAAUAGGUAGGAACGUGUUAGUCACUAUCUAAAGUUGUUGUUAAAAACGAAUGUUCAAAGACCCACUGUAUUAGAGCCAAGAAUCAGGAAUUCGAUUAACUCAUGGAAGACGUUUGUAUACUAAGCCUACUAUAUAGACUACUGUACUUGAUAUGUGAAUACAAAUUUAUACAUAUGUAUAAGUAUUUAUAUGUAUUCCACGCUACUGAGCAUUCCAGCAUAGGAACGUCUUUCAUUAGCUGAUAAAAGCUCUAGUUCAAAACCUUGAUUAUAGUCAUUUGUUUCACGCUUGAAACUCAAGCUCAGCAUAUUCCAAGUUGUCUGGACAAGCAUGACGAUACUGAAGGUAAGUUGAAAAUAUUGUAUUAUUAUAAGAGAGUUGAUGGAGGAAUGUUGAGUACAUCACUGGACAAAAGUGUUUUCUCUCUCUCUGGUGCCAAAUGUUCCACUUGGAGAGAAAAAACUCUCUUCCGUAACAAAUAAUAUUAUUGCUUUGUUCCAAAGUCAUUCUUCUCUUAUGUAAAUGGAAUUUUAUCUUCACCAUUAAUUAUAUAAGUCACAACGGUCUGUAGAAUAGAUUCCUGAUAAAAAUAUCGAUUCACCAACCGUACUACACAAGUAGAAAAUUGUUAGUUAAAUGCAGUCUUGAGUUUGCAAUUUUUUUAUUCGAAAACUUCAUUGAAUUAAAAUUAUUUCAUACAACAUCAGCUAAAUCCGAAUACUAUCAGCCUAAUCUAAGUGAUAUAUUGUACUAUAGCAUCCAUAAGAAAGGUGUUUGUGAAUAAUCAUGACUGAUUUUUUUCUUGGAAUGUUGACCUCAAACAACAGAGCACUUUAAUGAUAAGUUUUUGCACACCUUGUGAAAUUAUGUGUCUUUAAACUGUCUUCAUUGUAAUAAUCCAAUGGUGUUGUAAAAUAAUUACUGUAUAGUUCUACUACAAUACAUUUUAAUGCUAUCAAGUAUUUUUAAACUUUGUAUGGAAUAAAUAAUAGAUAAUAUUUAUUAUAUUUAUACAGUUAUUCAAGUUAAGGUCUUAUAAUAUUGUUUAUAAAAGUAUGAAAUUAUUAUUCAUAUUAAAAUUGAAUUUAUCUACUGUUUGCAUUGUUAAUUGUUAAUCAAUAUCAAAAUAGGAAGAAUUAGUGUUUUAUAAAAAAGGAAAUAGUUAAUUUUAAUUAAGAAAGUUAAUUCUGUGAACGAAAGCUAAAUUCUCUAGGUAACUGCUAGAGCUGGACAUAAACUGAAACUUACACUUAUUAAAUUAUUGCUUGCAAAGGCCUGAUAUAGUGAAAAAAUAACGUUUUACAUGUCGCUGAUAUUUUCAUAAUAAAGUAUGAUAUUCUUUUCCACAGGAAAUUUAAUAGUUUUAUGCCACCCAAAAGUCAAUCGAGUAAUGUCUAAACAGUAUAUAGGAUCAAUUUUCCAAUUUUUUCGAUUAUUGGAAUGAAACAGAAAUAAUAGUUUAUUUUCAUUUUCCCUAUUUUCCAAGUUAAAAUGAUUAUGGUGCACAUUAUUCCAAUUUAUUCCAAGUUAUUUGAAAUUAUAAAUUCAACAGACUUGAUGCUUUUCAAUACAAAUUUUCAAUUUUUGUGUUUUUCAGCAUUAAUUGUAAAAAUAAAUAUAUAUUGGUUACAAUUUAUAUUGUUGUUAUUAUCCAUUUUGAUUCCUUGUAUGAAAAGAUUCAACAAUUCGUUCAACACACGUUUAAAACUAAAAUUUAUUCUUUCUAUUUGUUCGGUACAGAAUUUAAUCAUUAGGCCUAAAUAGCUGUAACCAUAAAUACUGGUUUUCUAUAUUGUUAAUUUUAUCUUUAUUGAUUUUUGUACAACAUCGUUUUGAUGGUUAUGCACCAUAAUUACCGGAUUUUUUUUGUAAUGGCCAAGACUUUACAAGUUGAAACUAAAAAUAGAAAGUUGUGAGUAACAAACAACUAGUAGAAACUUUCAAACUUUCCGUUUAUUCAUUUAUUGAUUCAAUGAUACACCAUAAUAAAAAUAAAAAUAUUCGAUUUAUCCUUGUUUUCAGAAAUUUAUACUGGGAUGAACUUACAGACGCGCAUUUACCAAUUUCCAGUCUUAACUCUUUGUAAUAAUAUUGUUAUCUGUAUCAGCUUUGAUAAGACAUCAAUAUAAUAUGACAGAAUAUUCUCCAAAUCUGACCCAGUUGGCUUAUAUUUUUUCAAGUGGGUUAACUGAACUAGUUUCAAGUGAGGGCUCAAAUUUGUCUCUUAGUAUUCAUAUUAAUCAACCCCAAAAUACAAUUCGGGUCCUGUAGCUUUGACUGUCGACCACUGUCGGGCCACUAGCUAAACUUCAAUACUAACCGUUCAAAAACAUCGACCAUUUUUCAAAACUUUCUAGUAUUGCUCCAAAAAAACUAAUAAUUACACAUGUUUUGUUCUUUGAGCUUUUAAUGUGAAUCUACUUUUUCAGAAAAAAUGGAAUUCAAUAAGAAUCAGACUUGAUUAGUAAAUGGUGUUCCCUUUCCAUUUCUAACUCGUUACUAUCAAACUAACAAUCAGAAAUUGAUGGAACUUUGGUAAUAUCAUGAUAAUAUCAAUUGUUGGAGGAUUCCAAUUAUGUCAAUAAAAUUGAAAAUUAGUCAACGAUCUCUUGUAAACGAGGUACUUAAAUCGAGAAAUCUACAUCUUGAAUUUCAUGACAUGAAAAAGUUACUGAUCGAAAUUUGUUUUUGAUAAUUCAUGUAUACAUAUUGUGUAUGAAAUGAAGAGAAUUAAUCUAAUUAAUUCAAAGGAAGAAUCAUGAGACUAGGUCUGUGCGCUAGAAUUCUGAAGAGCGUUAAACAUACGCACGCAUCUACCAAGCUAAGCAGUUGCAUAUGCGUUUGCUAGCCAACAAUAGACUGUCAACAACUUAACUACGGUAUACUGUCAGUUGCAUCUGUGUAGCACGCGUAUCAGUUUUCAACAUGAAGGAUCUUUGUGUGUAGGGCGCUUCCUCCAUCUAGGAAUCUAGGGACUGUUGAGCCUAACAUUUUUGCUAAGGCAUGAAUAUCACCCCACAAACCAUACCUUGCCUAUAUGCCAUUUCAAGGCUACGGUGGCAAAGCUACAGGACACUUACUGUAUAGUUAUUGAAACAAGUGAUUUUACAUUGUACCUUAUUAGUUUUAUUUCUUUCUAUGACAUUAUUGGUAGUGUUCUAGAUAUCUUUAUGAUUUUGAAAGAAAUAGAAUACCGUAUUAAUUACCCUAUGUAAUUGAUAAUAAGUAGUAUAACACCACUAUAAUUACUAGGAACAUGAUAUUACUUACCAUUUAUCGUAUAUGUUUGUGAUUAUGAUUAAAACCUCCGUUUCAAUACACUCAUGAAUGUCUUUGCAAGCUACAUUUGGAAUAAAGUACCUAAUGUAUUCAACAUCGUUAUUAUAAUAAUGUGAAAGUAUUCUACAUAAUGCCAUAUAAUAUAUUCUAAUUUAAUUAGAAUAACAUUCUAAAAUAUUAUUGUAAAUGGAAGUAUUCCUUCAUUGAAGUAUAAUAUUGCCCUUAAUUCUACUGUGUGAACAAGUAUAUUUUUUAAAUGCUUAUGGACAACUCGAUGUGACUGAAUUGAAUUCAAUACAGAGGAAUUAUUAGCUAACUAUAAAACUAACUUGUUGUUUUCUAUAAUUAAUCUCUAUAUAUUUUGAAAUACUGUGAUUGGUAUUUGUUUUAUAUAAAUCUGUUAUCUUCUCAAAAAAAC